CAACUUUUUCAUCUUAAUUCAUCGGGGAUUAGCUUGACUAAUGGUCUAGUCAAUGGAAAUGAGGCAUCAAAAGCUAUAAACGAUACUGCAAAAUGGGUAGAAAGAAGUUUCAAGAAUAAAACAGGAGAGGGAAUAGUGAAGAUCAAUAAACCAUGCCAGCAAAUACCAUCACAAGAUACAUUAGUGAACAAAGUACCUAAUAAAACUCCAAAUACUCAAGCAGAAGGGUCAAAAUCAGCUACAUUUAAAGAAAGAGUGCAAGUUUGUGGAGGCAGGCUAUGGGAUACACAAAGGGAAUACGAUUCAGAGGAGAACGAAGUACCACAAGGAGCACAAGCUGAUGAGGAACCUAAUGAGAAGGACAAAGAUGAAGAUGAGCAAAGUGAAAAUGGAGAGCACCAAGCCAAUGACAACAACACAACUGAAAUUACAGAAAUUAGAAACUAUGAAGGAAGAGACCAAGAGGUAAAUGAUCCUGGAGGAACAAAAGAUGAUCAAAUUCAGAUAUCACAAGAAGACCCACAAGGACACAACACAACAGACAAGGAGAAACAACAAAGACAUAAAACAAAAAUAUUGAAUAUUACUGUUACAAUGGAGAAAAAUCAGUUGCAACUGUUAAAAAGAGGAGAAGAGAAGGCCUUGGUCCCUAAAAGGAAUGCAUUUGGAGCUACAUCAGGAAGUAAGGAAGACAAUGAAGAAGGAGAAGAACCUAGUAAGUCAGGAUACGACAUGGAUCAAGAAUCAACUACACAACACCUUAUGAAAGCGGCAAGGCAAGGUGACUUAUCACCUACGCAAGUGACAAAGUCAAAAUCAGCUGCAAAAGGCAAGAAGAAGCAACAAAAAGAUAAUCAUGCAGUACCAAAAGCUGGGGUGCACACAAGGAGAACGCUAACGAAAUCCAACAAUCAGUAA